AUGAUGGACCAGCAACAACAACCGCUUGCAUCAGGGGACAAGCCAACAAGUUCUUCUACGAAGGGGGCUGACAGCCACUCCUCUUCUCUUCUGGGUCGAAUGUGGGAUGGCUUGACUGUCUUGUUGCUCUCUUUGCAAAAUAAGGAACCUAUUCAUGAUUGGAGAUUGGUCGUGGGAAUGGCACUCUUUCAUUUAUAUAUGAUGAUUAGUUCAAUGUUUAUUCCAACAAUCACAAUGGAUGAUACGAUAGGAUCGGUUAUCAUCAAUAAUAACAACACAUCAUUCUCAAAUAUUCAAACAAUAGAUGAGCCUUAUUACAAGUGGGGUUUUUAUGGAGGUUGGAUUUUCAAUGUCCUUAAUUAUGGAACAUCUCUCUCACUCGAUCGAUUACCGUAUAUUGGUAUGGUCGUGCUUGGUUUCAUUUGCAUAGGCUUUUUAGUAUUGUGUAUUGUAAUGAUGAUCAUUGCUUACCGAUACAUGUUACUUUCUAACAGUUUUUAUGGAAAGAUUAAGGUUCUUGUACAAAUGGUGCUCGGAAUUACAAUGGUGAUGGCUUUAGUGAUGACCUUUGUCAUGACGAGUUUUAUGGACUGUUGGUAUGAUUUACAGAAUAGCAACAACUCGAUACAUUAUCUCAUUAGAUUUGGAAGGAACGUGGUUUCUUGCUACUCCUACGAGAACAUUAUUUAUCUUGUAUUCAACACUAUAGGAUGCUUAUUACUUUUUUGUAUUCUCCCUAUCGCCAUGUUAAUCCUUCCCAAUACUCAUGCUCUUUCCAAAGGCUUAUUCAUUGCCAAGAAUUCAUACAUGCAAAUAGGAUUCUGGACCUUCACUUGUAUAGAAUUAUUUUUGGUUUCUUUUAUUCCAGUGUCGUUGGGGUUUGUGCGAGGCAUUAUACAUAUCAUGGUUGGCAUGAUGCUCUUAUAUCUGUAUUUCCAGUCAUUGCCUUAUUCCAGGUUUAUAGAAAAUUCGAUCAUGUUUGGUGUGAUUUGUGGAAAGUGUGGUGCCUCUGUUGGAGCUCUCAUAUCUUCAUUGGUCAAUAAUUCGAAUGAAUGGACACUUGGGUUAGGAAUGACAAUGAUGACGAUUAGUAUCAUUGUGCUAUGUUUCAUCAUUGGAUUUGUACUCAUGUUUGUUUAUCAGCAUUUAGUGGUGAAACGAGUGCGAAAAGUGUUACUGGAAGUUGUUUUAGAAAAAGACAACUCCUUGGAAAAGAGCUGUUUUAUGGUCUUUCAAGAAUUUGAAGACAAGAAGGAAAUAAGAACACUUGAUUUUUUCCUUAGGUCAAGCACCUUCUCAAAGACAGUCUCAAACGAUUACUCGACCUGGAACUUUCUCUUUGUUUUGUGA